UGUUUCAGCAUCCUCAUUUUAUCUUUCUUACACUGAAUUUCCUCCUUGUUCAUUUAUUAGCUUCAGUGCAUUUCUAUAAUAAGUUAAAACUCUUUAAUAUCACCAAUUAAAAAACCAUGUCUCAGCACUAAAUGAAACAUAGGCAGAAAGAACUGUCCAAAUCCAUCCUAUGUUAUGGCAAAUCAUUUAAGGGUUGCAAAAAGUAUGCUAUUCACACAAUCAUGCUAGAGAAACCGCUUUGCUUUAUAUCUUUGAAAAACCUGUAAUUUGAGUCCUAGUAAAGUUUUUCCUGAGAUUUUGAAGAUUAAUAGCUUUGAUGAACAUCCCCUCCUUAAAGCAGUUUCAUAGGAGGAUUACUUUAUACAAUUUACACAUCAAAUGUAAAAUCAUUCUGACAAAAUUUAGAUUACUUCCUUAUCCCCUGUGUGAGGUGCAAUCAUUUAUUUCAUCAAAGAACAGUUAAUUUCCAAGUUUUAACUACUGUGUCUAUUCCCUUUUCUGUUAAUAAAAUACAACUACAAAAACACCAAACACAUGUAGCUUUCAUGUGUUUUUAAAUCAAAAUUAUUGGAGCCAUGUAGCCAAAAUAACUUUUGCAACUUGUUUCAAAUAAAUAAUAGUUUAUUAUGCAACUAUAGAAACUUCCUUGUGCACUUAUCCACAGGAAUGCCCAGUUGGCACUUACAAAAAUAUUGAAGGCUCUGAUGCAAGUCUUUGCACUCCUUGUUCUCUCGAGCUUCUUCCUAAUCGUGCAAAUUUCAUAUAUGUACGAGGUGGAGUUAGUGAGCUACCUUGUCCCUAUAAAUGCAUAUCUGAGAAAUACAGGAUGCCAAAUUGCUACACUCCUCUUGAAGAGCUUAUAUAUACAUUUGGAGGUCCUUGGCCUUUUGCCCUUAUUCUAUCUGGCUUCUUGGUGCUUCUAGCUCUGUUGUUAAGUACGCUGAGAAUAAAAUUGGUCGGAUCAGGUUCUUAUGGUGCACACUCAAUCGAGCACCAGAGUCACCAUCAUUUUCCACAUCUACUUUCCUUAUCAGAGGUGCGGGGAACUAGAGCUGAAGAAACUCAGAGCCACGUCUACAGAAUGUAUUUUAUGGGUCCAAAUACUUUUAGGGAACCCUGGCAUCUUCCUUACUCUCCUCCGAAUGCAAUUAUUGAAAUUGUGUAUGAAGAUGCUUUUAACAGAUUUAUUGAUGAGAUAAACUCUGUUGCUGCAUAUGAUUGGUGGGAAGGUUCAGUCCACAGUAUACUUUCAGUGCUAGCCUAUCCCUGUGCCUGGUCUUGGAAACAAUGGCGACGGAGAAACAAAAUUCAUCGACUUCAGGAAUAUGUCAAGUCUGAAUAUGACCAUUCAUGUCUUCGCUCUUGCCGAUCACGAGCCUUGUACAAAGGAAUGAAGGUUGGACCCAUUAUGCUUUCUUACCGUUUUAUCUGCCACUUAAAAUAACAUGGAGCAGACUUU